GGUGUGCAAGUCCACAAGACAGCAGAGAGUCAAGGCAGGAUUCUGAGGAGCCUGUCCUGGUGAGAACCCAAGAACUGCUGCCACCUUCACAGCAACCAUGGGAGAGAAUGCUGGCAGUGAUCAGGUCAAGGAGAAUCUGAUUCAGCUGAGUUGUCACUUCACAUGGGAGCUGCUGUUCAAAGACCUUGACAUACCAGAUGUGGAAAUGAGGAUCUCUGAGGAGCUUGUGUUCCUAGACAUCAAAAACACAGUGGGGAAGCUCAACCUCAGGGCCUAUGUGAAUCACCUGAAAGGAGAGGAUGAGGAAGCCCUGCAGAGCUUAAAAGAAGCAGAAGCCUUGGUCCAGGGAGAGCAGUUGGGCAUGAGAAGCCUGUUAACCUGGAGCAACUGUGCCUGGGUGCAUUACCACAUGGGCAGCUUGGCAGAAGCCCAGACCUACCUGGACAAGGUGGAGAACACUUGCAAGAAAUUGAGCAGUCCCUUUCGCUAUAGUAUGGAGUGUGCGGAGAUGGAAUAUGAGAAAGGCUGGGCCUUGCUGAAGUGUGGAGGACAGAAUUAUGCAAGAGCCAUGACCUGCUUUCAAAUGGCUCUGAGAGCAGAUCCUGAAAACCCUGAAUACAACCUUGGUUAUGCAGUUGCAGUCUAUUUCAUAGACCUGGAUUACAAUAAUAUCUCUCUAGAUCCCCUAAGGAAGGCAGUCAGGUUAAAUCCAGAAGAUCUGAAUAUUAAAGUGUUUCUUGCCCUGAAGCUUCAGGAUGUAGGAUUAGCAGCUAAAGCAGAAACACAUAUUGAAGAAGCCCUCAGUAACACAUCCUGCCAACACUAUACCUUUUUUUAUAUAGCCACAUAUUAUAUAAGGAAAGGCUGCCUAGACAAGGCUCUCUCUCUGCUACACAAGGCCUUGCAGUUGUCACCUGCCUCUGGCUACCUGCAUUACCAACUAGGGCUCUGCUACUAUCAACAAGUGUUUCAUCUGAGGACAUCCAGAAAUGAGCAGGCCAGAAAGCAGGCGGCACAACAGGCCCUUUUUGAAUUUCAAGAGACUCUGAAACUCAGGCCCAUAUUUGAGAUGGCUUAUGUUUGCAUGGCUGAAGUACAGGCAGAAAUGGGCCAAUAUGAAGAAGCAGAGGCAAAUUUCCAGAAGGCGCUGAACAUGAAGGAACUGAACAGGAAUCUUGAGUGUCUCAUACAGCAGGAAAUUCAUUUACACUAUGGCUUUUACCAACACAUUUAUCAGCAGUCUGAAGACCAGGCAAUCACCCAAUACUUAAAAGGUCUUAAUGUGAAAGAAAAAAACUUUGUCUGGAGGAGACUACUGACAGCUUUGGAGGAUUUGGCCACAAGACGUAUUAACCGGAAUGUUCGCCUUGUGGAGAGCACUAGCUUGCUUGGGUUCGUCCACAAACUGAAAGGGAAUAUGAAGGGAGCCAUUAAAUUCUAUGAGAGUGCUCUGAGGCUCACUGAGAAAGUGGACCCUGAGUUCUGAAUGCAGCUCACCUCUGUGAAGUAAAUGUACUCAUAACUGAGGGUUCCAGGCCUCCUUCCCGGUUUCCUUCUCCAACCUCUGUCACCCCCAUUGUGGUGUCUAUAAGGAACUUACACCUCACUGCACCUGCUGCUCACUUACUGACCAGGACUGACCCCUGCUGAUCUGCACUCCCUUGGGCUGUGGGAUCCUAGGACAUCUUUUCCUUAUGUCUGUGUCUUGGGAAUGCAAGUCUUCCAUCCUCUGCCUGCCAGUGUCCUGGACAAAGAGGUCUUCUCCAAGGAAGCUUUUACUGUAGGUCAGCAGAUACUCUUAGUACAGUGCAGUGUCAGAGAAAACCAAGUGAGCAAAGGGGAGAGUUUGUACCUGAGAGGUCUCACCUUACUGCAGAAUCAUUCACGGCUAAUUAGAGUCUUCAGUUUGGGGAAAGCCAAGCAGAGGAAACCUGCUGGAACCUUACAGACAGAAGAUGAUAUAAGGAGAUUUGUGCAGUUUUUCUGUGCUAUUGAUAGUGUGUUAUAUGUGAUGUUUU